CCGCUAGUGCGUCAGGUAGGUAAUAGGUCGUGGUCGGCCAAAAUCGCCUCCACUGGCGUUUGAACUGGGAAUUAAAAUGGAAGCCAUACCCCGCGCCUCGGCCUCGCGGCCAAUUUCAAGGUUGGCCUGCAGUGCCAGUGACCCGUCGCGACUCGAGUUCAGGUACCGCACCUGCCCAAUUGAACCAACAAUUGAACCAACCAACACGGCGUACAUGCCAGUGACAACAACAUGUCGAGUUUAAGUCUCGCCCUCAACGAGAAGGCGCGCGAGCCUGCAGACCCAGACAUCCGCCACGCCUCAUCCGAGACACCCGGCGAGGAUGGGCCCGCUACCACAGACGACGACGAUGAUAGCGACGGCGACUACGAUGGCCACCGCCCCAGCCUCCGUGAGAUACGGUCGCGCAGGUCGGGGAGAUCGGGGUCGGGAUCCAGAAGCAGAAGAAGACCAAGCACCGCCGGCAAUGGCGCCGCAGCCUCGAUCUCGGUCUCGACAGGUAAGAAUAGGACCGACCUGGCCCGCCCCAUGUCGAGAACCGACACGGUCCUUUCACGGCUGAGGUCUCGCCAGCCUGUCCAGUUUACGCAUCCGCUAUCCCACGUCCGCACAAGCAAGGACGACCUCGUCGACUUUGACGGGCCAGACGAUCCCUACAAGCCCAUCAACUGGCCCCUGGGCAAGAAAGUCACCGCCACCAUGCUCUACGGCCUGACCACCAUGACAGCAACCUGGGCCUCGUCGUGCUACUCGGCCGGCACCCUCCAGGUGGCCGAACAGUUCGGCGUCGGCACCCAGGUGGCCACGCUGGGCACCUCGCUCUUCCUCGUCGGCUUCGGACUGGGCCCGCUGCUGUGGGCUCCGCUCAGCGAGGUCUACGGCAGGCGCGUGGCCGUCAUGGCCCCCAUGUUUGUCGCCAUCGCCUUCAGCUUCGGGAGCGCCACGGCAAAGGACUUUCAAACCCUGAUGAUCACGCGCUUCUUCGCCGCCUUCUUCGCCUCGGCGCCCGUGACGAAUACCGGAGGCGUCUUGGGAGACCUCUUCGCCCCGACCGAGCGGGGCAUCGCCAUAGCCGGCUACGCGAUGGCCGUGGUUGGCGGGCCAAUAUUAGGCCCCAUCGUAUCGGCUGCCGUGGUGGCACAGCCCAGUUUGGGCUGGCGCUGGACAGAAUAUCUGGCCGGCAUUCUCCAGUCCUUUGUCCUGGUCCUCGCGCUCGUAUUCAUUGACGAGACGUACCCGCCCUUGCUUCUGGUCUACAAAGCCCGACGCCUGCGCGUCGACAGCGGAAACUGGGCUCUCCAUGCCAGACACGAGGAGUGGGACGUCAGCAUCGAAGAGCUAGCCCACAAAUUCCUUCUCCGCCCCGUUCAGCUGCUCUGCACCCCCAUCUGCUUCCUUGUGGCGCUCUACGCCAGCUUCUGCUACGGCAUCUUGUACAUGCAGCUGGGGGCGGUGCCCAUCAUCUUUGGCGAGAUCCGCGGCUGGAAGCCGCUGGUGGCCACGCUGCCGUUCCUGGCCAUCCUGAUCGGCGCCGUCAUCGGUGCCGCGAUCAACGUCUACAACCAGCUGCACUACAACAAGGCGUACCGCGCCGCCGGCAACCGCGCCGUGCCCGAGCAGCGCCUGCCGCCCAUGAUGCUAGGGUCGGUGCUAUUCUCGGCCGGCCAGUUCGUCGUGGGCUGGACGUCGAGCCCGAGCGUGCACUGGAUCGCGCCGUGCUUGGGCCUCGUCAUGCUGGGCACCGGCUUCUUCACCAUCUUCCAGGCCGCCCUCAACUACCUCGUCGACACCUUCACCAUGUACGCCGCGUCGGCUGUUGCUGCUAACACGUUCCUGCGCUCUGCCUUCGCCUCGGCGUUCCCGCUCGUCGUCAUGCCGCUCUACCACAACAUUGGCGUCGGCCCCGGCUCGUCCAUCACGGGCGGGUUUGCGGUGCUCUUGGUGCCGGUGCCGUUUGUCUUCUUCGUCUACGGCAAGCGCAUCCGCGCCGCGUCCAAGUGGUCAAAGGCGUCGGUCUACGACUGAGGGUAGGCAGGGGUACUGGUCGAUAGAGGUGCGAUUAGGCUCGCAAUUUACUUGUUUUCAUGUGUUUGGCUUUGCCCGGCCGAGCAUUGUUUAGAGUUUGAAUUCGCAUGAGAUACCCGGAUUGGAGCAGUCUUUUCAGAUGGCUGUGGGUCUAGAUUUCAAUAGAGAAUCAUAUCAGUAUGGCUGUCGUUGAUUCAACAUGGUUGGCUAUCUAGAUCAUUGAGUUAGUUGGACAUAAUAAUACAUGGAGAUCUUGGUAUCAAGUCUCCGCGACUCAGCUCAGCUGUCCCGGACUCGGGCACCGACUGCAUUUUCAAUCUAAUCCAGCGGGAAAUAGAUCUGGUUUCAGUUGGCAAUGGUUCCGGGGUCUUAUUUUCACAAGCGGAACGGCAUCUAAUCAUUGGAGUCGUGGAUAUAUCAUAUGGAUAUAUCAUAUAAGGCACUCAACUCCAAAGCAGUCUACGAAACGUCGGAGUCAAAGACUGAGCCCUC